AUGGAGAUUGCUAAAUGUAAAAUAAGUGCAUUGUUUUCUGUCAUGACUUUGGCUACAUUUCUUUCCGAAGAAACUCCUGCUUCAGUGGCUUAUGAUCCUUUUGAUCCAUAUGGGAGCAUAAAUAUCAACUGGGAUGUUUUGUCUUGGACUCCUGAUGGCUGUGUUGCAGCAGUGACAAUGAGCAACAACCAAAUGUACCGGCAUAUCACAAACCCCGGAUGGAGGACAUGGGCGAAGAAGGAAGUGAUCUGGUCCAUGAUGGGAGCUCAAGCCACCGACCAAGGAGACUGUUCCAAAUUCAAAGGUAUCAUACCACAUUGUUGUAAGAAGACUACAACAGUUAUUGACUUGCUUCCCAGAGUUCCUUAUAACCAACAGUUCACCAAUUGCUGCAAGAGUGGUGUUUUGGCUUCAUUGGAACAAGACCCUUCUGGUGCAGUCUCAGCAUUUCAGGUCAGUGUCGGCCUUUCAGGCACUUCUAAUAAAGCAGUCACGCUUCCGAAGAAUUUUUUCUUGCUUGGUCCUGGACCAGGCUACACUUGCAGUGCUGCAACUAUUGUACCAUCCACAGUUUCCUUCUCACCUGAUCGUCGUCGUGUAACUAUAGCAAUGAUGUCUUGGAGUUUGACUUGCACUUACUCGCAAUUCCUGGCCUCUGAGAAAACAACAACCUACUGUGUCUCUUUGUCAUCGUCUUACAAUCCCAUCAUCACUCCCUGUACAUCUUGUUCUCAUGGUUGUAAGGAUGUCAAUAAUUUUGUGUAA